CCGGCCGGCCGCGGGCCCGUUACUGCAGACGCCCCGCGCCCCGCGCCCAACGCCCGGGGCUGCGCGGGAGAGGCGGGAAGAGGAGAGCGGCCGCGCCGCGGCGAGGCCCGGCUCGGACGCCGCGUCUCGGCUGCAGCUGCUGCGGCUCGCCCAGCCCGGCGCUCGCUCGGUCUCCGGGGACUUGGCGGAGAAGUUUUGGAGCAGCCGGAACCCGCUCGUGCGUGAGAUUGGGCGUCGGUGCCCGAAGGAGGGAGAGCGAGGACGCGGACGGACGGCACACCGCCCUCCUCCCGGCGGCCAGAGGAGUUACUGUUAACGUAAGAGUUUUCCAGAACAGUUUGAGCCAUGGCUUCAGCGGUCCUCAGCUCUGUUCUCACUACCGCCUCUCGGUUCGCCCUGUUGCAAGUUGAUAGCGGCAGUGGUUCUGACUCUGAGCCUGGAAAAGGCAAAGGCCGGAAUAAUGGGAAGCCUCAAGCCUUGGGGAACAAACCAACUACAAAUGAAAAAAAGAGAGAGAAACGAAGAAAAAAGAAGGAGCAGCAGCAGAGUGAAGCAAAUGAGCUUAGGAAUCUUGCUUUUAAGAAAAUUCCCCAGAAAUCCUCCCAUGCCAUUUCCAAUGUUCAACAUGAGCUUUCAUUGCCAAACCCAGCACAAAAGGAGUCUCGGGAAGAAAACUGGCAGGAGUGGAGACAGAGAGAUGAGCAGCUGACAUCUGAAAUGUUUGCAGCUGACCUGGAAAAGGCCUUGUUGCUGAGUAAACUGGAAUAUGAAGAGCACAAGCAGGAUUAUGAAAAUGUUGAAAAUGCUUCAACUCAGUCCAAAGGUGUAAAUAAAAAAGAUAAGAGGAAGACCCAGCAGGGGAAGGACAGACCUCUCACAGUGUCCCUGAAGGAUUUCCAAUGUGAAGAUCAUAAUAGCAAAAAGACAGAGGAAUCGAAUUCUUCUCAGACUUUGUCACAUGAUGGGGGAUUCUUCAAUAGACUGGAAGAUGAUGUUCAUAAAAUUCUUAUUAGAGAAAAGAGAAGAGAACAGCUUACAGAACAUAGUGGAACAGAGAAUUGUCCAGCUCCUGAGCACAACCAGGAAGUGGGUCUGAAAGAUGGAAGAAUUGAGAGACUGAAAUUAGAACUUGAGAGGAAAGACGCUGAAAUUCAGAAACUCAAAGCCGUGAUCACCCAGUGGGAGGCAAAGUAUAAAGAAGUAAAAGCAAGAAAUGGACAAUUAUUAAAAAUGCUUCAGGAAGGAGAAAUGAAAGAUAAGGCAGAAAUACUCCUGCAAGUCGAUGAAUCUCAAAGUAUCAAGAAUGAGCUGACGGUCCAGGUGACCUCACUUCACGCCGCAUUGGAACAAGAAAGAUCUAAAGUGAAAGUAUUACAGGCAGAACUAGCCAAAUACCAGGGUGGCAGAAAAGGGAAAAGGAACCCUGAGUCCGACCAGUGUAGGUGAUCACGGCAGCCUUUGCGGUCACCACACAGCACCGUCAGAGCUCUGUGGAAGUGUGUGUGUGUGUGUGUGUGUGUGUGUGUGUGUGUGUGUGUGUGUGUGUGUGACACUGUGCAGCUGGCUCACUCCUAGUCUACAACUCGAUGUUCUUUUGGCUUAAACUUAAAAGGAAAUAUAGAAUACCAGCAGAACUUGAUUAUUGUUGUCUGUCCAAACCUAUGAUUUUUGUUUUUCAUCAGUCAAUAAAAUUAAUUUACUCUUCCACUAA